CAUAGUUUGCCAGCUCACCGUGCAUAAGAAAGCGGUCUUUUGUUCGCGUUGGAUGCUGCGUGUUUCUUUAUAUGCCACAAUAAUUUUGUAUUUUAAAACUAUGGUCUGAACGUUAUGGACAAAUGCUGAUAUAUGUUUGUUUAUUGGUAGAGGAAGAUUUACGAAAUCUGAUUUCCUUUUUGAGUACAUACAAUGGCUUAAUAAGGACCCUACAAGCAGGAUCCGUUUGUUUCCUUAAACUGGAUUUAAGUACGUUUAAGAACUAAACAGUAAUGCAUAAUUGUUUUGUGUAUAAAGUAGUGAUUGUGGUAUUAGUGUAAGGAUAUUUCGCUUUGUGUAGCUGCUGUGGAUGAGCUAAGUCAUCGUCAGUCUUCCCGUGUUGGAAGCUAAUGCGUAACUUCUGUGGUUUCAGAUUCUGAACAGUUAAAAAUAUGAGUAUUUCAUGAAGAAUCGUGACUUAAUGUGAGUCGUGCGAGGUAAUUCUCUACAAUGCCACGCAUUGAUCCACUUCAGUUGCUCAAGUGCUUGAGCGUGCUCUUAAGCCCUGCAGGUGGAAUUAAAAGCAAGGAAGAAGUACAAAGGCUUGCAAGCCUAAUGACGAAGUUUUCGAAGAAACUUGUAAGCAAAUGUAUCUACAUACAGAUAUUGAAAACAACAAAAACUGAUCUCUUGGGCAUGUUCAUGGCUGCUGGAGGAUGGAACCUGACGCACACUUGGUUGUCUGAUGCUAUAGUGGCCAAAAACUGGCCUCUUAUACAGGAAUUGUUAGAAUUACUGUUGAUGUGCCCAGUUGAUGUGGAAAGGUUAAAGACAAACAAUUGUCCUAAACUAAUAAAAGGCCUUUCCAAGGAAAGCACCAAUGAAAGUGUUAAGUUGCUCGCAAGUAAGUUGGUGGAACAGUGGUUAAAGAUAGUAAAGGGAGAAACUGAGGCAGUAAGGGCCCAUCAGAUAGCUGGUGUGGAGAAUAAAGCUAUCGAAGUGGUUAGGACAGAAAACAAAACGCCUGAAGCAACAUGUGUUAGUGUAACUGAGGAUGUCAACCGAACAGAAUUGUGUAGUGAGAGAUUGCAGACUAACAGUUGUAGCGAGGAGUGUAAAGUAGAUGUGACUCCACCACCAAUUAAACAGGAAAGUGUAGUGCAAGUGAAAGCAGAAACCUUAGGUUCUGACAUAGAUGUUCACAAACUAUUGAUCAAGACUGAAGAUGCAUCAGAUGACUCGGGUGAAGAUGUUGCCUGGGAUGCUCCACUUGGACAGUUGCCAGUAUAUAAAAUCACAAUUCGAGAUGGAAAACGAGUAUUAGCAAAAGUGUACUCAGGGGAAAAGGCGAACAGGAGGUUCAGUGUGGACAGUUGUUCGAGUGUGGCUUCAUUUGCAGAAGAGGGAAAAUCUGUAAAGAUUAGUUCUGGUGUGAUGAAGAUAAAUGAUCCAGUUGCAGCUAAAAAGGAAGAGUUGAAAAAAGAAACGGAAGAGACACCUGUGAAAGUGAGUAUAGAACCACAGAAAGUUCCCAUGGUGAAAUUGAAAGUAAAAUCUGAAAAAUUGGAAAACAAUGUAGAAGGAACAAAUUUAACUAAAGAUAUUCAGAAGAAACCUAAAGAUGCUCAGUCAAGUAGUAAGAUGUCUGAUAAACUAAGAAGGACCAAAGUUGAAUCUAGUAAGGAGAAGAGCAGAGAGAAGAUACCUUCAAAAGACAGAAAUAAAGAAAAAUCAAAGGAUAAAGAAAGCAACAAGGAAACUAGCAAAGUUAAGGAUAAGAAACAGAGUAAUGAGAAAAUUUGUCUUAAUUCUGAAAAGGACAGAGCUGCUAUUGCAAAGCUGAUUCCACCUGCAAUAAGCAAAUUGGGAAAAAUACCAAAGAAACCCAGACCUGAAGAGCCUCAGAGUAGUGUGUCUGAUAUUAAAAAGCCCUCUUCUAGUGACAUUAAAAAGCCUCCUGUUCCUGAAUCAACCAGCCGAAAGCCUUCUAUAUCCAUAGAAUCAAGAAAACCUUCUGAUUCCGCUCGCCCAAAGACUGUGAAGACUUUCAAUUCCAAGUUCCGUUCUACAGGACUGGAGGAGGAAGCGAAGCCACCACCGUCACGACUGGUCAAGAAGACCACUACGCCUGUGGAUAAGAAACCAGUCAAACUCCCAUCCUUAAAACGUUCAUCCCCUCCCAAUGAGUUGUCAACACCCCCUGAAAAGAAGCUGAAGCCCAUGAUUGCUGACACAGGCACUGAUGACGCAAAGAAGAGUGUGGGCAUUAAGUUAAUUCCUCCCAGACCAAAACCAUCAUUCCUUCAGGAAAGUGACAUGUUUAUGGAUGCCUUGACUGCAUCUACCAAGAAGGAACCCCGCAAACGUAAGCGACGAACUAGUAGUAGUAAAGAUGGUCCUGAUACAAAGAAAGAAGCAGCCACUGGAAAGGAAGAGGAGACCAUCAAGGAGUCAACCCCACCAUCAUCUCCCACUAACAAUGGUGAAGACAGCAAGUCACCUCCUAUUGUCAGACCAUUGCUCAAGUUUUAUCAGGACACUUUGGAGACCAAUGAUGAUGAAAAAGGAGAUGAUGGGGUGAAGGAAAAUGAAAAGAAGACUGAUAAAUCUGCAUCAGUAUUAAAGGGGAAAUCUGAAGAGGAAGAUCAGAAUUCACCUACACCAAGUUCACAGGAUGGGAAUGAAGGAAGUCCUGAGGAUGCUGCAUAUGGAACUGGUGAAGGGAGACGGAGAUUGUCCAAAGAUGAUAGUCCAAAGGAAGAUGAUGGAUAUUAUGAUGAGGGUAAAGGGAAGGAUUCAACAGAAAAUGCACCUGGAAAGUACCCAAAGGGUGUACUCAUUUACCAUAAAACCAAGAAAGGCCCAAAAAAAGUUGUCAGGUGGAAGCAAGAAAAGGAUUUGGAGACCAUAAAAUACUUUGAAUUGGAUGAAACAGAAAGAGUGAAUGUAACAAAAACUUUUAUGGACAUGAAACAAAUGGAAAGAAGUAAUGAACGAGAAGCCUUCUUGCAUGCAAGGAAGCUCCCUCAAGAUGAUACAAUGGAGGAGAAGAUAUCAUGGCAGCCUCUGAUUCCAAUUGACAUGCCACCCAGCUUGGUGGAGCCUGGUAUUCACAGCCGAGAAAAGGAUGUUCAAUAUGCACGAGAGAAAGUCAUUCUGCAAGCACUGUACUUCAGCAGAGCCAUGAUACCUGAUUCUGCUUCAGAGCCAGAUCAGGAGAUCCAUCCAACUACAGAUCCAGUUAUAAUUCCUUUGGAUGAUGUCACAGGCAAUCCUGACAGUGUCAAUGACUACCAAAAUACACCAUGGCCUGAGCCAAAACCGCUUAUAAUCCCUCAGUCACCUCCACCACAGUUUCAGCAGUCUCAGCCACCCUCAUUUGGCUCAUUCUCAAAUCAGACAUUUCCAGGACCACCACAGAUAUUUCCAAACCAGAGUGGUAUACCUAAUAAUAUGCCCAUGCCAGGGAGCAUGAUGGGACCAAACCCAGUGAACAAUAUGAAUCCAAUGAGUGGCAUGAAUAAUAUGGGCCCUGGGGGUGGAGACUGGAGGACUGGUGAUGGAAAGGUGCUCCCUAUCAAUGAAAUGCCUUUGCAAAUAGAUAUGUACAACCAGGGAGGCCCCCCCAUGGGCAUAGGAAUGCCUAGUAUACCUGCAAUGGGUGGAAUGGGUGGGCCUGGUCCAGAGAUAAAUUAUAACAUGAUGGGAGGUGAAGAUAUUGGUCCAUAUGGACCACAGGGUUUUGCCAUGGGUGGUCCUCAUCCAGGAAUGUACCCAUUCCGAGGUGGUCGGGGACCCAACAUGAGUGGUGGAAUACGCAGUGGAAGAGGUGGCAAUCAGAUGGGACCCAGAGGACCAAAUGGUGGACCCUGGUAUCGACCCAAUGGACCUCAUCCCAUGGGUAACAGCUGGCAAGGUGGUGGCGGCGGCGGUCGUGGAGGUCGUGGGUGGGGUGGCCAAAAUCGAGGUAUCUGCAAACAUUUCCGGGGAGGUUUCUGUCGGAAUGCUGAUACAUGUCCAUAUUUGCAUCCAGGGGUGAAUGGACCUCAGUACUGAAGCAGUUUAUCAACGUCAAUCUUCAGAGAGCAAAGAAUGCUGAAAUGUGCAAUAAUGUUUCAAUAAUGUGGAAUGUACUGACAAGAUAUCUUUUAUGACCUAUAAACUUUGUUUUGUGUGAUACAUCAGACAAGUUUUAUUGGUUGGGUGUGGCAGAAAUUUCUCUGGCCUAGGGAGUAAGCAGUGUAGAGACUAUGUGACUGAUUCUGUGGCAAGUAAUUUCUAAUUGUAUUUUCACUUGUUCCAAGUUUAUGGACAGGAGUCGCUCAAGAGGAUCAGAUUUAAUGAACUGCUGUGUGUGUGUGUGUGUGUGUGUGAGAGAGAGAGAGAGAGAGAUAUGCUCAUUCCUUGUGAUGGCCUUAGAAGACAUGUCAGUCUGGCUUCCAUUAUACCAAACUUCACAUAAGGGCAUUUUUAUAACUGCACAAAUCCAACUAACAUUCUGACACAAAAGAGUGACAUAUAAAAACAAACAAUGUUUAUAUAUAUAUAUAUAUAUUGCAUUUCUUGAAUGAAUUCUCCUGCACAUUGGGUGGUAUGAUUUCAUGUAUAUAAUUGUAUAUAAUAUUGGAUUAACUAAUGGUUAAGUAAAGCAAGACCAAAAAUACAUUUGCUGAUUUCCUGUUAUUUACAGAGGGCAGCAGAGAUUAGAAUUAUAGAGCCAGUGAGUAUGUUGCUUAAUGCUAUAUCUCUUCCUACUUGGCACAUCUGCAUCUAUAAUCUUGAGAUGGAAUGUGAGCUUUGUAUAUUUGAUUAUACUCAGUGCUGAUGAAUAAUCCAAGAAAUGUAUGACUAAAAUAUAUAUAUACACACACACACAUAUAUGUCCUCUACUAUUAAAUUGUAAGAUUUCUAAGAUGCUAUAUUAUUUAUUACUCCAGAAGAGAAGACAAGUUUUAUAUUUUCAUGGACAAAACUGUGCUAUCCCCCUGAAGAAUAAAUUCAAUUUCUUUUAGGAAAGGAUAAGAGUAUCUCAUUACAUUAAAACCUGUGAAUACAUGUACAGAAAAACUGUAGAGGUGUACAGUCAUUUUGCAUUGUUAUUUUGUGCAUUCCGUUUACACUUCAGAUAUCUUUCAUAAAAUAUAAGACCAGAUGUUUGUAA